CAUAUUGAAAAUAAUUUUGUUCAAUUUUUUUUUUAUGUGUGUGGAAAGUUGGAAACCUAGAAAAUGAGCCUAAAAAUUGAUGAAAUUCUGUGCACUGGCUGUAACAUCGACCUAAAUCUGGUUGUAAAGAUAUCAAUAAAAAAAAGUGAAAUCCGGGACAAUCGGGAGUCGGGAAAACUAGUUUUACCGCUUGCCAACAUUAUAUGAUCGGGAUCGCCAUUUUGACUUAAAUUACAAACAAAGGUCGGCGCCUGUUGAUAAACCUGUAUUAGAUAGAACAAGUAAUUUUACAACUGGAACCUGUUAGAGGUUGCAGGUUUUAGAUUAAAGCAAUAACUUGGUCAUAAUGGCAGAGUUCAACUCCACACAUACACUUUAUACUGAAGACCCCUCACCUGAUAUGGAGUUUACUGUAAAGAAGGAGCCACUUGGGAUUUCUGACUCUAUGGAGGAGGAGGAAAACCAACAGCUGUUAACAGUGAAGAGGGAAAAAGAAGUCUGGUCAUCUAAUUCAAAGAUUCAAAGUGAGGCUGAAAAGUCAACCAGCAAAGCUUUUCAAUGUGAUUUCUGUUUAAAGAACUUCAGCCUGUCCUGUAGCUUAAUCAGACAUAAAAGAAUACAUACUGGAGACAAACCUUAUAAAUGUGAUGUGUGUGGGAAGGCAUUCACCCAGUCUCAUACCCGUCAUGAACACAUGAGGAUACAUACAGGUGAUAAACCUUACAAGUGUGAUGUGUGUGGGAAGGCAUUCAACAAAUUAGGUAACUUAAACUGCCACCUGAGGACACAUGAUAAACCUUAUAAAUGUGAAGUGUGUGGGAAAGCAUUCAGCCAGUCACAUCACUUACAGACUCACAUGAGAACACAUACAGGUGAUAUACCUCAUAAAUGUUACGUUUGUGGAAAGUUAUUCACCCGGAAAGAUACCUUACAAUUACACAUGAGAAUACAUACAGGUGAUGAACCUUACAAAUGUGGUGUUUGUGAGAGAUUAUUCAAAUAUGCCUCCAAUUAUAAAAGACACAUGAGGACACAUACUGGAGAUAAACCUUAUAAAUGUGAUGUGUGUGGGAAGCCAUUCACCCAAUCUUAUACCCGUCAUGAACACAUGAGGAUACAUACAGGUGAUAAGCCUUACAAGUGUGAUAUGUGUGGGAAGGCAUUCAACAAAUUAGGUAACUUAAACUGCCACAUGAGGACACAUGCAGGUGAUAAACCUUAUUAAUGUGAAGUACUAGUAUGUGGGAAAGCAUUCAGCAAGUCACAACACUUACAGACACACUUGAGAACACAUACAGGUGAUAUACCUCAUAAAUGUUAAGUUUGUGGAAAGUUAUUCAACCGGAAAGAUACCUUACAAGUACACAUGAGAAUACAUACAGGUGAAGAACCUUACAAAUGUGGUGUUUGUGAGAGAUUAUUCAAAAAUGCCUCCAAUUAUAAAAGACACAUGAGGAAACAUACUUGAGAUAAACCUUAUAAAUGUGAUGUGUGUGGGAAGG